AUGGUCAGCCCUCUUGUCACGCGGCGUAACGGCAAAACACAAGCUUGCGAGCCUUGUCGUCGACGCAAAGUGGCAUGCGAUCACGGUUAUCCAGUGUGCCGUCGUUGUCUUAAGCGACCCAACGGCGAGUCAACUUGCUAUUACGCGUCGCCAGAUCAGGAUGCACGGUCUGCUGAAUUGACUGUUUCUCGCCAAGCUGUACAUGACACAUCGACGCUGGGUUCCAAGUCCACAGCAGUUUCAUCCCAAGCCAACAGGCAUGUUGGUCCUGAAGACAGAAUAUGGAGCUCUCCAGCAGCUCGAGCACCGCGGGGCUUCUUUGGUCCAACGAGCCUCUCUGCAGCUUACUUGGAGACUGAAUCUAGUCUAGCUGCGCGAGGUCCUUCACCCAUUGUACCAGCCUCACCGACAAAACCAACCGCUCCGUCUCCGGCUGACAUACAGAACAUGGUGAAUUUGGACCUAUCAGCUAACAACCUGGCCAUUAGAGCGUUGCAAGCAAUUCCAGAGGAGCCUGCUAUGAGCCUGUAUCGUUCCCACACCAAUCCCAAUGAUGAAUGGAUGGGGAGAAUUAGUGAAAGACUGGUCAUCAGCACCUGGGAGACGUUUGGCUCCUACCUCCGUGACCGGGAAAAUGUAGCUAAGCUGCAUUUGGACGAUACCGCACUGCUCUCGGACAAAGAAACUUUCCAAGGACAACUUCAUCGUAUUGAUGCUGAUGGAUGGGACAUGGAUGGUCGGUUCCACUCUAGCUCACUACUUCGCGUUCGCAUGAUGGUGGCGUUGAUCCGAGACGAGAUUCUUGAAGUCGUGCUUGAUCAAAGUGGGAAUAACGCCCUUGAUGAUAUUCUGUACGAGAAGCCCGAAUGA